AUGGCUCAGAUUAAACGGUCACGCGCUGGCCGGGUAGUUGUCCGCGCCAGAGAGCUUCUCCUUCCUUCCGGCGAAGUGCUCGCUUCGUCUGGCCCUCAGGCUUUGGCUUCGGCUUCCACUUGCCUCGAGGCUGGCGCCGGGCUUGCCGCUCCGUCCCGGAGACCCGUCAACUCGAGCCUUGAAUCCACCGGCCAUCCUCCAUACUCGGAAUUAUGCCAAUCUCUGGCGGCGGUCUACUCGCAGACUCUGCACAAACACCAUCCCUAUCCCACCAGCACCACUCCUGACCACGUCAACACAGCCUCGUACGCCGCUCUUCGCCUCGGUCAUCACGCAACUUCUGGUGACACCUCGAUGAUGGGCAAUGUUCAUCAGGUGAGUCGGUCUGGCGUACCAUUUCUUCGAUUUCACUUCGCCUACCAGCCCUGGUGGAAUCGUUCACACUUGCUAUUUGUGGAGGGAAAAGUGCCCUUAUUUAGUCUGUUCAUUAUCGGCUGGUUUUCACUGACGCCUCUUCGCAUCAAUCGUCUUGUAUUUGUCAACGCGACCGCUACGGGCCAGUAG